AUCACACAUGAUAAUUUCGCAAGACUAAGUUCAUUGACUUGAGAAAUCUCCCCAGCGCCCAGCCGCCUGCAUUUGCCCACACGACGCUCUCAUAAAACCAGUGAAAAGAAAGGGCUGAUUUAGCUGUGCUUCCACUGACUUCAUUACAUUUUUCAGAAAGAAAGAGUUUUGUUUUAUUCCCCCAUCUUUGUCGAGCAAAAGAAUUUGAUCCACCAAAUGAUCCCUGUUUUUUCGUUUGUCCUUCCCUUAAUCUUGCUUGGCGUUAUUACCUUUACCUCUGAAGCACAGCCCACUUAUCUGUAUCAUGUUUGCCCAAACACAACCACGUUCACCAUAAACAGCACCUACCAGGACAAUCUGAAAAUCGUCCUCUCUCAACUUCGGAAUCCCGGAAUACGCACUAAUGGAUUCUCUACAUCCGCUUUUGGGGAAGACCCAAAUGAUGUCUACGGCCAAUCUCUAUGCUUUGGCGAUCUUAGCACCGAAGUCUGCCAAGAAUGUCUCGACUUUGCUACUCAGGACAUCAUCCAACGAUGUCCUAUCGAGAAAGUGGCUAUUGUAUGGUAUGAUCAGUGCUUCCUGCGUUAUUCAAAGCAGCUUAUCCAAAGCACCAUGGCAGAGUCCCCGAAGGUAUUUAUGUGGAAUACACAGAAUGUCACAGACCAAGAACGCUUUAACGAGCUACUGGCAAAAACCAUGAAAGAAGCAGCAAAUAAUGCCUCUAGUGCUCCAGUAGGAGGUAUAAAAUUUGCUCCCGGAGAAAAUAAUCUUACGGUGUUUCAGACUCUGUACACCCUCGCGCAGUGCACACCAGACCUAUCUGGCAACGAUUGCCUACUGUGUCUUGAGGCAGCUAUAUCAGAUUUGCCGACUUGUUGUGGUGGAAAGAUAGGAGGAAGAGUCUUGUCUCCGAGCUGUAAUAUUCGGUAUGAAAUUUAUCAAUUUUACAAUGCAAGCGGAUUUAUUCCAGAAAGUUAUCCCAAUCGUACUAAAACUGUGGUCACGGAAGCAUCUGCCUUUCCUCCGCUACCUUCAGCUAACACUCGUCCAACUCCAGCUCCAGGUUCAAUAACAAGACCUGAAGGUUAUGAUAUUACAGAGCCAAAAAUGUCCAUUUCAGAAGGAGGAAAAGGAGGCAAAACAAGUCAGAUUAAAGUUAUUGGAAGUGCGUCUGCUGCCGUCGCGGUGUUAUUGCUGAUCAGUUCUUCCAUUUAUACAAUAUGGAGAAGGAAGAUUCUUAAAAAGGAGGAGAUGGAAAUUAGCGAGGUUCAAUUACUUGACAUGGGAAUAGGUCCAGCUUUAUGUAAAAGUACUCCAGAAGAGGAGAUGUCAAUGAACUCUCAUCAGGAUUUUUCUAUGAUACCGUUUGACAAAGUAUACGACGCAACAAAGCAUUUUUCUGAUGAAACUAAACUUGGAGAAGGCGGAUUUGGCCCAGUUUACAAGGGCCUGUUAGAAGAUGGCAGAGAGGUAGCAGUUAAGAGACUCUCAAGAACUUCUGGUCAAGGAUUGCAAGAAUUCAUGAACGAAGUCACUUUAAUUGCGAAAUUACAACACAGAAAUCUUGUUAGACUCCUUGGAUGCUGCUUAGAAAAAACAGAAAAGUUGCUUAUCUAUGAAUAUAUGCACAACAAAAGCCUCGAUGUCUUUCUUUUUGAUUCAAACAUGAUUGUACAUCUUGAUUGGCAAAAACGCCUAAGCAUCAUCAAUGGAGUUGCCAGAGGUGUCUUGUAUCUACAUGAAGAUUCUCGACUUAGAAUUAUUCAUCGAGAUCUAAAAGCUAGUAAUGUAUUGUUGGAUUAUGACAUGAAUCCGAAGAUAUCAGACUUCGGAAUGGCAAAGAUUUUUGGAGGAAAUGACAAUAAAACCACAAACAGAAUUGUUGGAACAUAUGGAUAUAUGUCUCCAGAAUAUGCAAUGGAAGGACUAUUUUCAGUAAAAUCGGAUGUUUUCAGUUUUGGAGUUCUCUUGCUAGAAAUCAUCAGCGGGAAAAGAAAUAAUCGGUUUUAUCUUUCAGAAGAGGGUGAAAGCCUUCUUACUUACUCAUGGAGAUUGUGGUCUAAUGAUGAAGGAAUGAAGUUGAUGGAUCCGUCGCUUGUGAAGUCAUGUGUGGAAGCUGAGGUGCUGAAGUGCAUCCAUAUUGGAUUGUUGUGUGUACAAGAUGACCCAGCAGAGAGACCAAACAUGUCGUCUGUCGUUGUUAUGUUGGGAAGUGAUAGCAUAAUAAUCCCUCAACCAAAGCAAUCAGCAUUUUCCAUCAGCCAAUUUGUUGCGAGAACAACUACAUCUUUAAGUCCCAAAAUUUGUUCUAUUAAUCAGGUAAGUCUUUCAAAUGUAUUACCACGUUGAUGGUGCAUCGUCCACAAGAUGGCAAUACUGUUGUUCAAGGAACUUGAUUCGAUACUUUAAAUAAUUUUGUAAUACAUUAAUUAGUUUAAAAAUUA